CGCCGGUGGCGGCGGGGUCGGGCGGUGAUGGUGGCGGCGGUGCCGGCGGUGCCAUGAACGCGGAGCGGGACCUGGCGCCGCUGGCGCCCAGCGUGGUGCGGGCGUUGAACGACAAGCUGUACGAGAAGAGGAAAGUGGCGGCCCUCGAGAUCGAGAAGCUGGUGCGAGAGUUCGUGGCUCAGAACAACACAUCUCAAAUCAAGCAUGUGAUCCUGAUCCUGUCGCAGGAGUUUGCGCUCUCCCAACACCCCCACAGCCGGAAAGGGGGACUCAUCGGCCUGGCUGCUUGCUCCAUCGCCCUGGGCAAGGACUCUGGGCUCUACCUGAAGGAGCUGAUUGAACCAGUGCUGACGUGUUUCAACGAUGCUGAUAGUCGGCUGCGGUACUAUGCCUGUGAGGCCCUCUAUAACAUUGUGAAGGUGGCCAGAGGCUCUGUUCUCCCACACUUCAAUGUGCUCUUUGAUGGCCUCAGCAAGCUGGCUGCUGAUCCUGACCCAAAUGUCAAAAGUGGCUCCGAGCUCCUGGAUCGACUUCUCAAGGACAUCGUGACUGAGAGUAACCAGUUUGACUUGGUGGGCUUCAUCCCGCUGCUGCGUGAGAGGAUUUACUCCAACAACCAAUACGCCCGUCAGUUCAUCAUAUCCUGGAUCCUGGUCUUAGAGUCCGUGCCUGACAUCAACCUUUUGGAUUACCUGCCAGAAAUCCUGGAUGGGCUCUUCCAGAUCCUGGGAGACAACAGUAAAGAGAUACGAAAAAUGUGUGAGGUGGCUCUUGGGGAGUUCCUCAAGGAGAUCAAGAAGAAUCCCUCUAGUGUCAAGUUUGCAGAAAUGGCCAAUAUUCUGGUGAUCCACUGCCAGGCUGCAGAUGACCUGAUCCAGCUGACUGCCAUGUGCUGGAUGAGGGAGUUCAUCCAGCUGGCUGGCCGAGUGAUGCUGCCUUAUUCCUCAGGGAUCCUGACUGCUGUCCUGCCGUGUCUCUCCUACGAUGAUCGCAAGAAGAACAUCAAAGAGGUGGCAAACGUGUGCAACCAGAGUCUGAUGAAGCUUGUCAUCCCAGAGGACGACGAAAUGGAUGAGACCAAGCAGUCAAUAACCCUGUCAGCAGAGCCCAACCUGGAGGAGCCCGUCUCCAAGCCAGAGGCAGCAUCCAGCGGCUCUCUGGAUGCUUCUGGUGACUCCAGUGUGAGCAACGCCAGUGUCUGCACGGUAACCAGCUCUGAGAGAAUCCAGGUGACGCUCAACCUGGAUGGAAUAGUUCAGGUGUUGGAUUGCCACCUGCAUGAUACAUCCAUUGGCAUGAUGACCAGAAUUGCAGUGCUGAAAUGGCUCUAUCACCUGUACAUCAAGACUCCUCGUAAGAUGUUCCGACACACCGACAGCCUCUUCCCCAUCUUGCUGCGGACCCUCUCAGAUGAGUCAGAUGAGGUUAUCCUCAAGGACCUGGAAGUGCUGGCUGAGAUUGCCUCUUCUCCAGCAGGGCAGACAGAGGGAUAUGGUCCCUCCGAGGCUGCAGAGCCACGACCCAGCCAGGUGGAGCUCCAUGUCCCCAUCCGGAACAGCCAGCUGAGCUCUUCAGGACCUAAAGGCUUGGAGUGCUCUCCCUCCACCCCCACCAUGAAUUCCUACUUCUACAAGUUCAUGAUCAACCUGCUCAAGAGGUUCAGCAGUGAGAGGAAACUCCUGGAGACGAGAGGAGCCUUCAUCAUCAGGCAGCUCUGUCUGCUUCUGAAUGCAGAGAACAUCUUCCACUCCAUGGCGGACAUCCUGCUGCGGGAGGAGGACCUCAAGUUUGCCUCCACCAUGGUGCACACACUGAACACCAUCCUGCUCACCUCCUCUGAGCUCUUCCAGCUGAGGAACCAGCUGAAGGACCUGAGGACACCGGAGAGCCGCAACCUCUUCUGCUGCCUGUACCGCUCCUGGUGCCACAACCCAGUGACCACCGUGUCCCUCUGCUUCCUCACCCAGAACUACAAGCACGCCUACGACCUCAUCCAGAAGUUUGGGGACCUGGAGGUCACAGUGGACUUCCUCACCGAGGUGGAUAAACUGGUGCAGCUCAUCGAGUGCCCCAUAUUCACAUACCUGCGCCUGCAGCUGCUGGACGUGAAGAACAACCCCUACCUGAUCAAGGCACUCUACGGGCUGCUGAUGCUGCUGCCCCAGAGCAGUGCCUUCCAGCUGCUGUCCCACCGCCUGCAGUGCGUCCCCAACCCCGAGCUCAUGCAGAGCGCGGACGGCAGCAGGACGAGCACAAGCUCCCGCAGGCCAGCAUCCUCCACCAUCGACUACACGGAGCUGCUGCAGCACUUUGACAAGGUCCAGAGCAAACACCUGGAAGUGCGGCACCAGCGAGCGGGGCGGGCAGAGCAGCCGGAGCGACGCGUCGUGCUCUGAGCACGGGGACAAGGGAACACGGACCAGGGCCUGGGGACAGCGGAAACGCCGGUGCUUUUAGGGCAGAGGGUGCGGGGGUUUUCCCCUCUGUGUCAGUGUGGGGGACCCCAGGCUGUGCCCGGCGUCGUGCUUGGAAGCUGCGGGAGGUGAGGGAGCAGGGAAGGCACGGUGUCUUCUCUUGCAAUAGGGUGAGCAGACUUUGCUUCGCUAAUGCCUUCCCCGUGACCGUCAGCUGAGUGCCCGGCCUCCUGCCAGCGGGACCGGAGGGGAAGAAACACAUGGGGAAGGGAAGGAGGGAGCAAAGUGGGUCCUCCCCACUGGGAUGGGAGCGGGGCAGCAUCCCGGCACCCCGAGCCCCUCUUUCUUAGCCAGAGGCUCAGCCUCAUCCCAGUGCCGGGUGGAGGAGAGCCCUCGCUCCACGCAUCCCUUCUUUGUUCCUAUCCUAAGCUCCCUGCCAUCAAAUAAAAAGAACGAUGCAGAGCAGCCCCAGUGUUGUGCCUUCCCCAGGCUGCUCCAUCCUUGUAGUGCUGGGGUUCCCAACCAGACCCAUCCAGGCCCAGAAGCCAGAAUCCUCCCCAGGCUGCAUAUGGGGUCCCUGCUGCAGCCCUGCCACGCUGGCCCUUAGGCUGGACCCCUUCCAGCGUUUCUCCACCCCAAGUGGGAAAAAGCAGCCGGAAUUCUUCCCAGCCGCGCUCAUGGAACCGCAGCGCAGUGACAGGCAUUUUCCUGGCCCCAAAACAACCAGGGUGAAGCCAGCAUCCAGGGACCAUGCAGUGGGCGGCUGCGUUUUUGGGGUCUAAUCUGCAUUCCCGUCCCUCUCCCAGAGCAUUUCGGGCCCUCACCUGAUCCCGGGGAGGGGGCUGGAGGAAUGCAGAGGGUUUUUAUGGCCCCCAGCCUGUUUAUGGCUCUGGCAGCGGGCUCCCCAGGCAGCCCCGCUCCGAGCUGCUUUGGAUGGGAUCACGACAUUCCUGGCAUUCCCGGGAAAGGGCUUUCCAAACCCGGUCAUGGCGGGUUAACUUUAAAAGCCGUCCCCUCCAGGAUGGGGCAGCUGGGUUCCUCCAGCCCUCUGCCACUGCUUGGGGUGCAGAGGGAACACUGGGAUGCUGCCGUGUGUCACCUGCCACCACCACCCCCAAAGGGACGGCUCUACAGGGAGAAAUUCCAGCCCUAAUAGUUUCCUUGUGGACGGUUCUUGCCCAGUGCUGGCUGGAGGAGCAGUGCGGUCCUGGGACAUUGGGGUGGUGGCUUUGUGGCAAUAGGAUCUCAUUGGCUGCAUGCUGUGACCGGGUUGCAGCUCGGGAGGCCCCCCACAUCUCAGCUGGGGUUGAGGACUGUCCCACAGAGCCCCAACAGUUCCCCCAGCAUCCUCAAAGCACCCCUUGGGUUCCCGUGGUGUUACCCCUGAGCAGGUAGCUGUGUGCCCCUGCGCCUCCCGUCCUCAGCGUCCCUUUGGAUCCCAGUGCUCCACCCCCAGCGAUCCCACAGUUGCUUCCUGGGGUCUCCAUGCAGUGCAGCACUGCCCUUAGAGCAUCCCAGAGCAACCCCAUGUACCCCCAUCCUUGGCAUUCCCCAAG